AUGGCCAUGUCACAGGUAGCAACACUGAGAGACUCCACCUCGCUCCUGCUUUCUCUUCAGAUGAAGCAAGUGGCUAAGACAAAGCUUAAGACUUGGGCUCAACAGAAAUGGAACUUAAGGUUAUGGUUACAGCUAGGUCUCUCAUAUCUCAGGUUAGAAAUUUUGAUAUUGUUGAUUUUUUUACCAAGCAUAUACUGUCACCUGAGUUCAACAUAUUACUCCUUCUAUGAAAUAAUUAUUCCUGAGAAUCUGCCAGUUGAGAGAAAUCAAAAACCAGGAGGAAAGCCCUCAUAUGUACUAUUUAUACAAGGCCAGAAGCACCUGAUUCACCUAAAUGUGAAGAGAGAUUAUUUCGUGAAUGACUUUCCAGUCUACAGCUAUCACGAUGGGGUGCUAGAGCAAGAAAUGCUUUUCAUUCCACACGACUGCCACUAUGAAGGCUACAUAGAAGGGGUGCCAGGCUCUUUCGUGUCUAUCAACACCUGUUCAGGCCUCAGGGGCAUUCUGGUAAAGGGGGAGACAACCUAUAGCAUUGAGCCCUUACGUUCUUCCAAACAAUUUGAACAUGUGUUGUACACCAUGGCACAUGGAACUCGAGUCUCCUGUGGUGCCACUUCUAAAGGCGGCCAAGGAGUGUCUACCAGUCAGCAACUAGGUGGCAAGAGGCUUCCUAACUCACAGGCGCUGACCUAUUUGUGGUCACACAUCAAGUAUGUGGAGAUGUUUGUUGUGGUCGACAACCAGAGGUUCCAGAUGUGGGGCAGGAACGUCAAUGAGACAGUUCAGAGAGUCAUGGACAUCAUUGCUCUGGUCAACAGUUUCACUAGGGGAAUAAACACAGAGGUGGUGCUGGCUGGAAUGGAGAUUUGGACUGAGAGGAACCUGGUAGAGGUUGCUGAAGACUUACAAGUCACACUCAGGAACUUCAACAGCUGGAGACAAGAGGAGCUCGUCCAUCAUGUGAGGUAUGAUGUUGCCCACAUGAUUGUUGGGCAUCACCCUGGAGAGAAUAUGGGCCAGGCAUUUCUCAACGGGGCCUGCUCAGGUGGGUUUGCGGCAGCUGUGGAAUCCUUCCAUCAUGAAGACGUCCUCCUGUUUGCAGCACUCAUGGUGCAUGAGCUUGGGCAUAACCUUGGCAUUCAGCAUGACCACUCAGCCUGUGCUUGUAAAGGUCAACCCUUUUGCCUCAUGGGUGAAAAUGUCACUAAAGAAAGCAGCUUCAGCAACUGCAGCUCUGACUACUUCUACCACUUUCUUCGUGAACACCGAGGGGCCUGCCUGUUUAACAAGCCGUGGCAUAGAAGUCGUGUGCGCAGGACCGGAAAUUGUGGCAAUGGAGUGGUAGAUGACUCAGAGCAGUGUGACUGUGGCACUGCCUGUGACCUGGACCCUUGCUGUGACUCAACAUGUAGAUUAAAGGUCGGUGCACAGUGUAGCAGUGGAUUAUGCUGCAUACAAUGUAAGAUUAAAAGAAAGGGGGCUUUAUGUCGUGCUAUUAAUGAUAAUUGUGACCUUCCAGAGUACUGCACUGGUAGGUCUGGCAGGUGCCCUCCAGAUGUCUACAUGCAAGAUGGCACAUCAUGUGACAGAAUUUACCUUUGCCUUGCGGGUAGGUGUCAGAACCCUGAUAAUCAAUGCGUGGGUAUAUAUGGAUCACUUGCAAGAUCUGCUCCAGAGGACUGUUACUUUUCACUGAACAGUAAAGCGAACCGGUUUGGAAAUUGUCAGCGCACUUCUCAAACUCAACCAACAUAUGCUCCAUGUGUAGGUGAUAACAUAUUAUGUGGGAAACUUGUAUGUACAGGUCUUCAUUUUGUGCCAUAUAUCCCACCCCAGCAUACAGUGAUCCAGGUUGCUCAUUAUGAUGACUGGUGUUGGAGCAUAGAUAGCAACAAUGAUCAGUCUGACUAUGGAGAUGUGAGCAGUGACACUUACUGUGGCACGAAUAAAGUCUGCAAGGAUCAUACCUGCGUUGUUUACAAGGCAUCCUCCUCUACCUGCAAACCAGAUGAAAGUUGUUUUGGGAGAGGAGUUUGCAACAAUUAUAAGCAUUGUCAUUGUGAUAGUGGCUAUGCCCCUCCUGACUGCAGAUAUCCAGGAAAUGGGGGUAGUGUGGACAGUGGACCCCCUGGCAAGCCGUAUAAUAAAACGAAAAUUUCAGGCACAAGUACUCCUCGUGUUGUAAAAGGGUCAAGCAAAGAGAGCCUGACUAUGUUAUUUUUCGUAGUCCCUAUCUUUCUUAUAGUAGUCUUGUGUGUUCUCAUCAUAAUGUCCUUCCUCGUCACUGAGGUGAAGUCGGCAGUGGUGUCAAUAGUGGAGUCAAAGGAGGAAUCUGAAUCAGAGCUCCCCUCCGAGGAGGAAAUCCCAUCAGAGGCCCCACCACCACCACCACCACCACCAGAGGAGGCCCCACCCCCAGAGGCACCUCCACCAGCAGAGGCACCUCCACCAGCAGAGGCACCUCCACCUGCAGAAGCACCUCCACCUGCAGAAGCACCCCCACCUGCAGAGGCGCCCCCACCUGCAGAGGCACCCCCACCUGCAGAGGCGCCUCCACCUGCAGAAGCGCCUCCCCCACCAGAGGCACCCCCACCUGCAGAAGCACCUCCCCCACCAGAGGCGCCCCCACCUGCAGAAGCACCUCCCCCACCAGAGGCACCUCCCCCACCAGAGGCACCUCCCCCACCAGAGGCGCCCCCUCCUCCAGAGGCACCCCCACCAGAAUAG